CAAUUGUAAAGAGAGGGAAGUGGAUAAAUCAGUGCUGCCUUCUUUACCAGCAAUGACAAAAGAGAUGAUAGAGAAGCAGAGGCUCUGCUCUCAUGAACCAGAGGAUGCUGACUGCUACUCAGAAUCCGUGAAAUUUGACGCACGUUCUAUGACAGCAUCUCUUCCUCAGAACACUAAAAAUGGCUCCUCCCUUCAGGAGAAAUUGAAGUCCCUCAAGGCUGCCCUCAUCGCUCUCUACCUCCUUGUGUUUGCAGUACUAAUACCUGUUGUUGGAAUAGUGACAGCUCAGCUUGUGAAUUGGGAAAUGAAGAACUGCUUAGUUGGUUCAGUUAACACAAGUGAUACAUCUCAAAGUCUGAUUGGAAAAGAAAACACCAGUAAAGCAGAAAUGAGAUUUACAACUGCCAUGGAACACAUGAAGGACAUGGAGGAGAGAAUCCAAAGCAUUUCAGACUCAAAAGCUGACCUUAUAGACACAGAACGCCUCCAGAAUUUCAGCAUGGCAACUGAUCAAAGACUUAAUGAUAUCCUUCUGCAGUUAAAUUCCUUGAUUUCAUCAGUCCAGGAACAUGGAAAUUCACUGGAUGCAAUCUCUAAGUCCUUGCAGAGUCUGAAUACCACACUGCUUGAUGUCCAGCUCCAUACAGAAACACUGAAUCUCAAAGUCCGUGAAUCUACAGCAAAGCAACAGGAGGACAUCAAUAAGUUGGAGGACCAUGUGCACAAAGUAGCAGCAGAAGUCCAGUCUGUGAAAGAAGAACAAGCGCAUGUGGAACAGGAAGUAAAACAGGAAGUGAAAGUAUUGAACAACAUCACCAACGACCUCAGGCUGAAGGACUGGGAACACUCACAGACACUGAAAAACAUUACCUUAAUUCAAGGACCUCCUGGACCCCGAGGUGAAAAGGGAGACAGAGGGCUUACUGGAGAAAGUGGUUUACCUGGCAUUCCAGGCCCAGUAGGUCCUCCAGGUCUUAAAGGUGAUCAGGGACCACCUGGCUUCCCUGGAGGUCGAGGAUACCCAGGAGCACCUGGAAAGGCAGGGAGGUCAGGAUUUCCUGGACCUAAAGGGCAAAAGGGAGAAAAGGGGAGUGCAGGCAUAUCAAAAUCAGUAUAACUCCCUGAUCAUAUUGGGGCAAGACCCUUUAAGAUCAGCUGGGCUGGGCAGAACAUUCUACUAUCAUCUCCUUAAAAGACCUUUCACCUCUGGACAAGUCAUCAGCACAAGUGACUUCUGGGAUUCUUUGGCAACUCUUCCAAAUGACAUUGGUUCCUGUGUCAUGCCAUGCCUGCCUUCUCCAUGACUUCCUCUUCUGACCCUGGGUGCUGUUUGGGCUUCCAUUGCCUUAAAUAUAUCAUUAUACACUCUGCUACAAUAACCCUCAUCCCCUGGCACCCUUUACCUAGAUGCCCCACAUGUUGAGUUGAGAGAUGUUCCUGCCUCGUUCAGACCUUCUACUGUUGCCCUCACCUAACUGUGUAGAAUCCCAUUGGAUUCUAGGAAAAGCUUAAUUGGAUAUUGAUUAAUUAAAUAUUGGUUCAUGAAAUUUAAGAUACUUUCCUCAAAUACAAAUAGGGAUGGAAUAGAGAUCUGUCCAUCCAUUUAGUCACUAAUACAUUUAGCAUAAGUUCGUUGUGUACCAAUUGGAGCCUGACUUAACAGCUAUAAAUAUUUUUUUCUAACUUAAUUAGACUGAUUAUCCCUAGGAGACACAAAUAUGCCAGUUAUAAACAAACCAGGGAGAACUAUUCCAGGAAAAGAACAGGGCUAUUUAGAUAUUUAGAAGAGAUAAAGAAUUUUAGUACUCUAGUAUAUUAAAAAUAGCUUUAUUUUUAUUGCUUGCUUCAAUUUCCUACCUUCUUAUUCCCCAAAUCGAAGCAUAUAUCUCUCUAUAUAUAUGUAUAUGAUCUCUGUAUAUAAUUAUAUAAUAUAUAUGAAUCUAUAUAUGAAAGAGAAAGAUGAAAGUUGAAUUUGGAUAGUUUUAUAUUUGCAUGAGAGCCAAACUUUCUUUCAAUAAUUGCUUAUCUAUUUCAAACAAAAACGUUAUGAUCAUAAAAAAGCAGUGCUUAUUUUUAUUCUAGAAAGCCCUUUAUUUGUUUGCCUUUUAUAUUUUAAGUAUAUAUACUGGAAAAUAAAUAUUUCAGCAGAAAUGGAAAUACUUUGUAUAAGUUAUAAUAUUAAGAAAAUACAAAACAAGAGAACGAAAGAAAACAAAAUGCAGGAAUAAUAAAGAUAUAAUAUCCCAUGUUGUUUCCAUAUUGUUGCUUCUCUGUAGUAAACAGAGCAUAAUUUUCAGGACUUUCCUUUGAGCUUUAACACUAAGCUCUAAGGUCUGCAGCAUUAAGAUAGAAGCAGAUUACUAAUUGUGUGCCUAUGUAUAUCUCACUUUUCCUAUUUUAUGCUCUGCUAAUGAUUAUGUCAAUUCCUACCUCACAGGGUUGUUGUGGGGGCCAAAAUAUCUGUGAAAAUGUCUGUAAAAUUAUGAAGACCUUUAAAGUCUCAAGAAGAGUUCACAGCAGUCUUUUUUUAACAGAACACCUGUUCAUUGUUAGUUUUAUGCAGACAUGUUAAAUCUCUAACCAUAUUAGGAUUGAAAGAAAAACGGAAAUGCCAGGAGCCAAAUGUACGUCUUGAAUAAAAAAGAGAGAUGUUGUUGAAUAAUACAAGAUUUCUAUGUUAUAUGGAGCAAUGUAUGUGUGCCCAGAACACAAGCCAGUGAGUUUGCCUUAGCAAAGCAGAAGAGUGUUAUAAGAGAAGCAGCUAAACCAGAGGCCAGAUAUGUUGACAGAGGUCAGAACAAAAUGUCAAACUAAUAAAACAAGUCUGGGCUAUGCAGGACAGAACCUGAGCCCAAGACAUUUCUGUCAAGCACGUUCUAGGAAGGACAGCAACAAAUUGGUAUUAUUACUGGUACAAGGUUGUGUCUCUGCCUCCAAGCCUCCAAGACAUGAUGAAAUAUGCUCCUGAGGACAAAGAAAGAUGGAAUUAGCAAGUGAUUCUGGGAGUCUGCAGUAGUAACAGACUACUUAUUCUGUGCAAACAUCUAGAGAAACCUGGAUUUGUGCCUGAGCAUUAAUUGUCCUGUGCUGUGGAGUGUGGUGACACUUUUCUUGUGCCGGGGCAUUGCUGUGGACAAUUUUGGCUUCAUACAUAGUGAUCCUGAUCCCAGAUGUGCUGGCAGACAAAUUGUAGGAAUUCAGUUCUUAAUCAUUUUACAUUCAAAACUACACAUAUAUGAUUAAGUAUAGAAUAUUGACCUGAACUUUCCAAAUCAGUCAAGAAGGCUCUAUUUUUCUCUUUAGAUAAAAAUAAAUGCUGAAUUCCCUGCUCAGAAGCAUCAAUUAUCUUAUCUUUUAUAAUGUAUAAUGAAAAGUGAAAAAUGGUAUGUUCUGUUUCCAUGCUAACUAGAAAGGAUGUUUCAAUCAAGUAAGGGAACCAUGUAAGUAAAUACAGUGAGGCAUCAUUUAAAAGGGUCCUGUUGCUUAUCCACGGUGUGUCAGCAUGCUUUGCUCAUGAUCAAGAGGAGAGAUAGAAUGUGAAUUUUGGGCAUCUUCUUUUGAACCUCAAACAAUGAUGUGAAAAAGAAUGUAUCUGCUUUGUUUUAUACUGAAAACUCAACAUGAUCUUAAAUAAACUUCUGGUCUUUCUUAAAACA